GUGAUGUACCCAUUGACUUCCAGUCUAUGAAAGAACCUGGCUUGUGAGAAUCUGGAGAAAAGCAACCACAUUCGUUUGUUCAGCCAGUUUUUCAUUGAAGUCUGCCAUAACCCUGAGCGUCCCGAUGGGAUGAGGUAAAAUGCUUCUUCACAAAAUAAUUGAUGGCAUUUGUGGUCGAGCUUAUCCUGUGUACCAAGAUUAUCACACUGUUUGGGAAUCAGAAGAAUGGAUGCACGUUUUAGAAGAUAUUGCCAAAUUUUUUAAAGCUGUAGUUGGUAAAAACUUAUCUGAUGAAGAGAUAUUUCAGCAGUUGAAUCAGUUGAAUUCAUUUCAUCAAGAAACUAUCAUGAAAUGUGUGAAAAGUAGGAAAGAUGAAAUCAAACAGGCUCUGUCAAGAGAAAUAGUUGCUAUUUCCUCUGCACAGCUGCAGGAUUUUGAUUGGCAGGUAAAGCUUGCACUUUCCAGUGACAAGAUUGCUGCAUUACGAAUGCCACUUUUAAGCCUGCAUCUAGAUGUAAAAGAAAAUGGUGAAGUAAAACCAUAUUCUAUUGAAAUGAGUAGAGAGGAGCUGCAGAAUCUAAUACAUUCCUUGGAAGCAGCAAAUAAGGUGGUCCUGCAGUUGAAAUAACUGGAAAUGAUGAAUACCAGUGCUAUCAGAUUUUAUUGCUCCAACUUAUAUGGCAGAGUGAAUACUGUGUGUUCAGAAACGCUGUGAUGUCUUGACUGUUGCAACAGGCUGAGAAAGCAGCAAUGUUGAUAUUAUAAAGAUAAAAAUGUAUCCACAUUUCUUAACAGGAAAUUACAUGGUUGAGAGGAAAUGCAUAAAAUGAAAGAUGAAAAAUCUGUAGUGGCAGUUUAUAUUUUCAUGAUUGUUUUGCCUCAUUUAUUAAAUACUUGAGAAAUCUUUGGAGAUACACAGUUUUAUUGAAAGCUAAAAAUAGGUUCUAAAGUAAUGUAAAAAUAUAAAGCACAAAUAUACUUGAAUAUUGCUUAAAUAUGUGAAUAGCAACAUAUAUUAUGGGUAUAUAAUUACUUUGUGAUAUUUUUAAAAACUUUUUCAAAGAAUGUAUAAGCUGCAUAUAUAACUCAGGAGAUUCCAUGUCUUUCUCAUAUUUCAGAGGAAAGAUUAUAAAAUAUAAAAUUUCUUAGAGAACACCUCUUUGUCAGAGAUAAACAAGAACAAAUACUAUAAACUUAUGUGAACAAUUUUGAGUUUAUGAAUUCUAGAAACUAAAGAAUACAGAAAAACGAAAAUAACAUUUUUACUUCUGCACUUCUAUGUUUGGGAAACGUUCUGAUAAAAAAUAGUUGCCAUUGUGCAGUGUGUAUAUUAUUCAAAUAUGAGAUAAGACUAUGUACAGGUCCACUUUUGUUAAUAAACUCAAUAUUGAAUACUUUUGAAUGUUAAAUUCAUUGGAAAAGCAAACCAUUUGUAACCUCAGUUAACUUUAACAACAAGCAUUCUGAGCAAA